GUUCAGUCUUUCCUAGUACUGUGCCUGGCAAUCAGUUUAUCAACUAGCAUUUUCUCCAAUUGCUGCAAAAAACUAAACAGGUCCCUCUUUCAAGUAAAUGACGUUCUUUUAGGAGGACAAAGUGACACGUGCAUAGCAAAUUAAAUGCAAUAUACAUCUGCAUUGACCCAGGGGCUGGAGCGUAUCCCUGACCAACUGGGCUAUUUGGUGCUAAGUGAAGGAGCCGUGCUGGCGUCAUCUGGUGAUUUGGAGAAUGAUGAACAAGCAGCUGGUGCAAUUUCUGAGCUAGUGAGCACAGCUUGUGGCUUCCGGUUGUACCGUGGCCUUGACAUGCCCUUCAAGCGCCUGUCUGUGGUCUUCGGGGAACACACGUUGUUGGUGACUGUGUCUGGACAGAAGGUGUUUGUGGUGAAAAGACAGAAUCACAGCCGGGAACCCAUCAAUGUCUGAGACUACAGGGGAUUGAAGGGGAAGGUUUAAAAUAUCUCUGUAAGCUUCUUGCUUUUCCACAUACCCAAUUUUACCACUUCCUCUAACAGAAUCUGGGUAUUUUACUUUUAUCUUCUUCUCCCCCAUCCCUGCUCAAUGAGUUUGGGUUUCUUUCUCAGUACUAAAGGCAAUCAGGGCAGGAACAAUUUCCCUUCUCUCCAAUAAAUAUGGUCUGACCUUAGUCCAUUGAAA